AUGGAGGCGAUGCGCAAGAUCAAGGUCUUGGACGGCUGCGUCAAAGUGUGGAGCACGCCGUUUGCCGAGUGGCCAAGCCAAGCUCGCGAGGCACUCGCCCGCGACCCGUGCGCGCCGUGGCUGCCGUUGUGGCACGACCACAUCCGCCUCAAGCUCGUCUUCGUGCCGCCCAGCGAGCCUGUGAUCUCUUCGACGGCCGCUGGCCGCGCUGCCCUCGCCACGUCUUCCGCGGCCGCUCUUCUCCCGCCGACCAAGCAGAUUGCCGCGCUGCCUGCAGCGCUCAAGGCUCCGCGUACGCUCAUCAAGUCCUCGCCAUGCGCUUCGCUCGUUAAGCUUCCAGCGCUGAACUCUCAGGGCGAGGAGAUCGGUCGAGCAGCCGCAUCCGAGAUGGCUGCGUCCGAGGCAGUGGCGCAGGAGCAGGACGUCGCCGAGGAGGCUGCAUUGGAGGAGGAGGGGCCCGAGGCGAGUCCUGGAGCAUACGAUCAGCUGCUAGAGCUCGAGGCGGAUGCAUCGCGGGCCACGCAGGAGUGGGUGCUCGAGCAGCAGCGCUCUGCAUCUGCCGCCACUCGUCCUGCGUCCGGCGCUGCCGUCGCCGUCAUGCCCGCCAAGCGACCUCGCACCGAGGCCGAGCCGCCCGUCCGCGCUGUCGCCUCGUCAAGCCGUGCGCCAUCCACUGCUGCGCCCACUUCCGAGGACCCGUCGCUCCCGACGAGCGUCUCCGCCAUCCUCAACCACAAGCGCCUCUUUCAGCUCUCGUGCCGCAUUCCUCGCGGCGACGGCGGCAGCGACAAGCUCGAUGAGUUCCUGCUCUUUCUCUCUUCGCUCGAGGAGGACGGCGUGCUAGAGCCGACGAAGUGCUCGUACAAGCGCGCCAAGAAGGCGCUGUACCGCUUCGUCGAGCUCGCAUUCGAGGUGUCGCUCGACCUCGGAUCCGCCGAGUCGGACACCUACGAGCUCAUCCACGCUCUCGGUCAGGACGCUCUCGCUGCUAUGAAGGAUCUCGACUGA